GGGACAUACAGUUCACGAGCCUCAGAUGGCAGAUCCAAUGUUGAAAUGAGACAAUAACCAAUCAGGACUUGGAUGCAGACAGCGGCCCCAGAAGCUUAAAUGGACGAAGACAGCUCGCACUCUGCAAAUAGAGAGAUGGGUUCAUUAUUCGUCAUGUAGCUGUGUUAUGGCGUGCUCACCAAAGAGAAGCCCUUACUUCCUGUCAAAGCCAGCACGGCGAACAGGGAGAGAUAGAGUGUGUACCAACUCUGUACUCGAUAAUCUGUAUGUGUGUGUGUGUGGAUCAACGGAAUGUGGGCCCCUAAACCGAGUCUAUUACCGGCAACAACAAGAUCACUUUUGAACCAGCAGUCUGAUCCAGGUUCAGCAGGGGAAAGGCGGCCAGCCGCCAAAGGAAACAAUGUUGAACACA